AUGAUGAAACAGCAAGAACUUACAAACAAGAACAAUGAAGCUUUCAUAAGAAAUAUAGAAAGGCAGAUUGGGCAGCUUUCCAAGCAAGCUGUGAUUGAAAGGCCAAAAAGCUCACUCCCAAGUGACACCAUUCCAAAUCCUAAAGAAGAAUGCAAAGCUAUACAGCUAAGGAGUGGAAAAACCUUAGUGAAUGACAAGAAGCCAACUGAGAAUGAUGAAGCUAACAGCAAGAAUGAUGCUACACUCAACAAGGAUGAUCAAGAGAAGCCUGAAGAGGGAGAGAAACAGCCACAAAUCUCAAGGAAAGGGAAGCAAAUAAUAGAAGAAUCAUCUCAAGGACAUAAGCAAGUGGAGAAGACUUUCACACCUCCCUUCCCAUACCCUCAAAGGUUCAACAAGGAAACCAAGGAUCAACACUUCCCCAACUUUCUUGAAGUUUUCAAGAAAUUGGAAAUUAACAUCCUCCUGGCCGAAGCAUCAAAGCAGAUGCCUCUAUAUGCUAAAUUCUUGAAAGAACUUAUCAAUAAAAAGAGAAGUUGGCAUGAGAAGGAAACAGUGCUUCUCACUGAAGAAUGCAGUACUUUGAUUCAAAGGGGUAUUCCACCAAAGCUUAAAGAUCCAGGGAGUUUUGUAGUUUCAUGUACCAUAGGCAAGAUGACAUUAGACAAAGCUCUCUGUGAUCUUGGUGCUAGUAUCAAUUUGAUGCCCCUCUUAAUGAUGAGAAAGCUUUCCAUAGAAAAACUCAAACCUACCAGGAUGUUAUUGGUAAUGGCCGAUAGAUCAAUCAAGAUACCCAAUGGCAUUGUGGAAAAUCUAUUGGUGAAGGUUGGAGAGUUCAUCUUCCCUGCAGACUUUGGAGAAAUAAUCUUCAGGGUGCACAAUGAGCAAAUGGUCAUCAAUGUUUUCAAAGCAAUGCAACACCCCCCUGAGCAAGAAGAUUACAUGAGAGUAGAUAUGAUAGAAAGUUUGGUGGAAGAAAUAUUGGAAGCCAAGCAUCAUGAGCAACAAAAAAAGAAGGGGAAGAAGAUCAGGAGACAAUGGAAGCACAAGUAG